AUGCCCAAGGCUGCUCGCAGGGACCACAGCGCCCUUCAGAUUCCAUGUGGGUACUUGAAAUGUGAACACUACUUCAAGACUCAGGCAGGGCGCAAAAAGCACUGGAAUGCUUUGCACCCAACAUUCAUAUCAGCUCCUAGCACCAGUGUCUCAUAUACUGCUACAGUCGAAGACGAGCCCGAAGAACCACACAACGACUUCCUCGCAGGACAUGAUGACUUCUCCACAGGCUUAUUUGACGUGGGUCAGGCUCUCGAUGAGCCUGAUAAUCUGGACACGCAGUUUGUGGGGCCGGGUGAUAGAUUAUAUUGCAACUAUCACCCGAAACUAAAUGCUCGUCCUUGUGAUGCAACAGGUCAAUUCCUUGAAGAUGGAGCAUCCCCAAUGCCACCUCCAAGCAAAUCGCCUGAUGACUGGACUCCAUACCGGGAUCGCGUCGAAUUCGAGACUGCCGAAUUCCUGUACACGCGCAACCAGAUGUCUGCCGGGGACAUCAACGUCUUAUUGGAUCUUUGGGCUGCAACCCUCCUGAAACAUAAUGACAAGCCGCUGUUUGCAGACUGCUGUGAUUUACAUAAAACCAUUGACAGUACACCGGUGGGUGAUGUCAAAUGGCAAUCUUUCAGGGUCCAGUACACGGGGGAGAAGCUGGAAAACAAUUACACCACCGUGGAUGGGUCAAUCUCACAAUGUUUGAUGGACUACCAGCCCUACCGUGAGUUCUUGACUGACAACAAUGAACGCCAAUGGCAGGACUUCAUGUCUGGCGACUGGGCCUGGAACCAAGCGGAUAUUAUUUCCAAAGAUCCAGAUACAACUGGCUCAACCUUUCUUCCAGUUAUACUUGGAAGCGACAAGAUGACAGUUUCAGUGGCAACUGGCACCAACGAUUACUAUCCGCUAUAUGUAUCAAUCAGGAAUGUUUGUAAUAAUGUCCAGUGUGCACAUUGUGACGCUGUUGCCAUCAUUGGCUUCCUAGCUAUGCCAAAAACUACGAAGGAGCAUGCUGCUUGCCCAAAAUAUCGGAAAUAUCGCCAGCAACUCUUCCAUUCGUCUAUCUCGAAGAUUCUUCAGAACCUAAGACCCGGCAUGACCGAACCAGAGGUUGUGCGCUUUGGUGACGGGCACUAUCGGCGUGUAAUCUAUGGGCUUGGGCCCUAUAUUGCCGAUUAUGAAGAGCAGGUUCUAUUAGCGUGUAUAGUGCGCUCUUGGUGUCCAAGGUGUAUGUCACACCGCAAAAAUUUGGACUCUGAGUCGUUGUGUCGCAAUCGUGACCAUACAGAAGCACUCGUUGAAGAAGUAACAUCUACCGAUCUGUGGGACGAGUAUGGGAUCAUCAAUGACCUCGUCCCAUUUACAAAUGACUUCCCUCGAGCUGAUAUUCAUGAACUUAUCGCACUGAACCUCCUACAUCAAUUGAUUAAAGGGACCUUCAAGGAUCAUUUAGUUGAGUUUAUCUACCCUGCCAUUGAAGGUCACGUCCCAGUGGAUGUCAUGCGCACAUUUCGUGCAUUUCUUGAAUUCUGCUAUCUCGUACGGCGUAAUAUCAUCACGGAAUCCACGCUGGUUCAAAUCCAGGAUGCUCUCAACCGAUUCCAUCAUUACAUGAAGAUCUUUGAGUCCACUGGUGUUGUUCUCACAUUCUCCCUCCUCGACAACACUCUUGUUCCCAUUACAUCCUCCUGA